GGCCCGGGGCCCGGGCCCCGCCCGCCGUGCAGCCUCAAUUGCGUCCCCCUACAACGCGGAACGCCGGCGGGGUCCACCGGCAGGACAAGCGCCGACUUGUCCCGCGGAGGGCAGCGGUGCCGGGCCACUGGCGGAGGGACUGCAUCGCGCCGCAGGACAGCGAUGCCUUCCUCCGAAGCCGUGCUGCAGCCGUCCCCCAGCAAGAGGCAGAAGGGCUCGGUGCCCGGGGAGCCCACCGCUCGGCUCCGCUUCACUAAGCUGUCUGAGAACGCCUUCUCCCCCUCUAAGGGUUCUGCUCGGGCUGCGGGCUACGAUCUGUACAGUGCUUAUGACUGUGAGGUACCACCCAUGGGAAAGGCUGUAGUGAAAACAGACAUUCAAGUUGCGCUUCCUUCUGGAUGCUAUGGCCGAGUAGCACCACGUUCUGGUUUAGCUGCAAAGCACUUCAUAGAUGUUGGUGCUGGUGUUAUUGAUGAGGAUUACAGGGGAAAUGUUGGUGUGGUACUCUUCAACUUUGGCAAGGAGACUUUUGAAGUCAAAAAAGGGGAUAGGAUUGCGCAGCUCAUCUGUGAACGCAUUUACUAUCCUGAGCUAGAAGAAGUUCAAGCUCUGGAUGACACCGAACGUGGUGAAGGUGGCUUUGGUUCUACUGGAAAGAACUGAAAAUUAUUUGAAUAUGUAUUCUAAUUUUUAAGUUAUUUCUAAAUUUUCAUUUGAAACAGAAGUGGGAUUUUGGUGCACAUGUAAAAAAAAGUUUCAUUCAGACUUACGUGUAUUUGUCCUGUCCAUUUUUAUAGGCAGUGAAUUCAUCUGCAUUAUGGGUAAAUGUGCAUGACUAACUUGAUUGAUUAGUUGAUGUGUUGUUUUUGCUUUUUAGAUGUACAGUCCUUGGUAAUAAGAACUCAUUGCUUAUGUUCUGAUUAUGCUCUAAUAAACUUAAAAAUAAAUUAA